CGGAGCUUACAGCUUGACCAGCGGAUUGUAGUCCCCACGCUUUCUACGACUGCGAUCUUGAGAGUCAUUUUCGAUCCCAAGUUUAUAGGCAACAAUGCCUCCCAAGAAGAAGCCAAAGAUCUCUUCGCGCGGCCCCUCGACGCCGUCACAAGGCGACAGUGCGCCGCCCUCCGCAGACACCCCCAGCAACACAGGCGCCAAGCGGCCAGAUGCAGAUUACGAUCUUGUCAGCGACCCAUGGACAGAUGAACAGGAGACUUCAUUAUUAAAGGGCGUCAUCCGAUGGAAACCUGUUGGCAUGCACAAACAUUUCAGAAUGAUCGCAAUCGCAGAAUACAUGAGAAGCCAAGGAUACGCCUCGCCCGAUGAGCCACAUACGCGGAUACCUGGGAUAUGGAAGAAACUAGGAACGCUUUAUAACCUCCCCGCGCUGGACGAACGGGAAGACGCGCUUAUCACAGAGGGAUCCGACGAUGCAGACCCUUCUAAGGAACUUUACUGUCCGUUCGAACUCCCCGAGGACGAGUACGGUGACUUGAUGUUCGAACGGCGGUUGGCCGUAGAGGCGUCCUUAUCCCCGACGACGUCUGGUCCCCCCGAAUCGAGACGAGGAAGCACGGUAGCAGACACAGACGAACCUCGAUCAUCGCCAGCGCCGUCUCGAGGACGACGAACAAAUCGCAACACACGUACUGCCACCCGCGGUACGCGCUCGACCAGACUCCAGGUUGAAGUGGAAGCGCUCAAAAAGUCACCCAGUGAUAGAGCCAGUCCCGCAGAAGAAGACGAGGAGAUGGAAGAUGCCGAGGAGGAUGAGGAAGGCACUGAUGGAGCCAAGGAGGACAGCGAAGGCAGCGAAGAACCCGAAGCAGAGGCAGGCGGCUCGGAAAAGACACGGAGCACGAGAACCCAAAGCUCACGCACGAAGCAGAAGGAGAAGAAAAGCACUGGAACUAGUGGGGGGACGACGACAAGACGGACCGGGCGACGUCGUUGAUACUAUGACUUCCCAUGACAAGGGUGUCAUUUCUUCACUUUUCUUUCUCUCAUAUUAACAUUUUUUUUUUUCGUGUACGAUUAUGAUCUACCAUUGAUACCUUGAAAGACCGGGCGGCAUAAUGCGAGACGAGACCUGAAGUUAUUUCCAGCGUCUGUAUGAAUAGCUGAAGUGCUUGUUUCCAAUAUUUUAGCCUCACUUAUAACUUUAUCGCUUCGCGAUUGAAAAUAUAAAGUAGAC